GCCUUCGGAUGAGUGAGGGCGGUCUGGGUCCCGGAGCCGGAGCUCCACCCGUCUCUGGGCGGCCGCACACCCACCGACCAGACGGCGCAGGGAGGGAAAGACACCGAGACACUGGGAGAAGAGCGAGCAGCAUCAGCGAGAGACAUCCGGUGAGCAGAACCCAGAACCAGGACCAAACACAGCCUCAGGGGGAUGGUGGUUCCGUAUGAGGGCCAGUCUUUCUCUGCGCUGAGGAGGCAGUGCCAGCAGAAUGGACGCCUGUUUGAAGACCCUCUGUUUCCCCCAUCUGACCAGUCUUUGUUCUACCAGAGCAACCAGAUCGGCCGAGUCACCUGGAAAAGGCCUAAGGAGUUAUGCAGCGACCCCCAUCUGUUUGUGGACGGCAUUAGUGCCCACGACCUGCACCAAGGCCAGCUGGGAAACUGCUGGUUUGUAGCCGCCUGCUCCAGCCUGGCCUCCAGAGAGGCGCUAUGGCAGAAGGUGAUUCCAGACUGGAAGGACCAGGAGUGGGACAAAGAGAAAUCUGAGCUGUACGCCGGCAUCUUCCACUUCCGAUUCUGGCGGUUUGGUGAGUGGGUGGACGUGGUGAUCGAUGACCGGCUGCCCACGGUGAACGGAGAGCUGGUGUACUGCCACUCCAAUGACGGCAACGAAUUCUGGAGCGCGCUGGUGGAGAAGGCCUACGCCAAAAUGUUCGGAUGCUACGAGGCGCUGGAUGGGGGCAACACGGCCGAUGCGCUGGUGGAUUUUACCGGGGGCGUGUCGGAGCCCAUGGACCUGAUGGAGAACGGAUUCAAAGAAGAUGAAGAGAAACGCAACGAGCUGUUCGAGAGAGUCCUGAAGGUCCACAACAGAGGAGGCCUCAUCAGCUGCUCCAUCCGGGCCACCAGUGCAGCAGACAUGGAGGCGAGGCUGGACUGCGGCCUGGUGAAGGGCCAUGCCUACGCGGUGACGGAUGUCCGCAGGGUGAGGCUGGGGCACGGUCUGUUGGCCUACUUCAGGUCAGACAAACUCACCAUGAUUCGCAUGAGGAACCCCUGGGGGCAGAGAGAGUGGAACGGGCCCUGGAGCGACAGCUCUGAAGAGUGGAAUAAGGUCAGUAAGAGCGAGAGGGAGAGGAUCGGCGUCACUGUGCAGGAUGACGGAGAGUUCUGGAUGACGUUUGAUGAUUUUAUCGCCAACUUCACUGACCUCAUCCUGUGUCGUCUCAUCAACACAUCCUACCUGAGUUUCCAUAAGACCUGGGAGGAAGCCGUGAUGACGGGUUCCUGGGUCCGCCACGAUGACCCGCUUCUCAGCCGAGCCGGGGGCUGCACCAACAACAAGCACUCCUUCCUCCAGAACCCUCAGUUUGUGUUUGAUGUGAAGAAGCCGGAGGACGAGAUCCUGAUCUGUCUGCAACAGAAAGACCGCAGAGCCAGACUGAGAGAGGGACGAGGAGAAAACCUGGCUAUUGGAUUCAACAUAUACAGAGUGGAGUUGAACAGGACCUACCGGAUGCAUGUCACCCAGCAGAAGGUCGGCGGGAGCAUCUACAUCAACUCAAGGUCUGUGUUCCUACGCAUCGACCUGACAGAGGGAAGGUACGUCAUCAUACCCACAACCUUUGACCCCGGCCUGGAAGGAGACUUCCUGCUCCGUGUCUUCUCUGACGUGUCCUCUGACUGCAAGGAGUUGACUCUUGAUGAGCCUCCACACACCUGCUGGUCCGGGUUGUGUGGUUAUCCCUCUCUGGUCACUCAGGUCCACGUACUGCAGGCUGACGGACUCGCGGGACAGGACUCUGAUGGAGUGUCAGACCCCUACGUGAUCAUUUGCUGCGAAGGAGAGAAAGUUCGCUCUCCUGUCCAUAAAAACACACGCAGCCCGGUCUUCAACACCAAAGGACUCUUCUACAGGAAGAAAGCCAACAAGCCAAUAAGCAUUGAGGUCUACAACCAUAACGUGUUGAUGGACUCCUUCCUGGGUCAGGUGACGUUGCCAGCGGAGCAAGGUGAUUUCCAGCAGACGCUCCACCUGAGGGACAAGGGCAAUCGCCGUGACAACGACCUCCCUGGUACCCUCAGUGUCGCCGUAGUGACCAGCACGGUGCUCACCAACAUCUGACACAGACCACCAAACCGCCCGGUCAGGGCUGAAUCAGCUGACCCAAAGUUUUGACCAAAUCACCCGUUUACCGUGAAACCUGCCGCUGACAGAAAGAUUCAGCUUGAACAGAAGGAAAAACUUUACACCCAGCUGGAGGUCUGUGGAGCUCACUGGAGGAAGUGAUGAUAAAUACAAACACCAGAAAAAACACAAAUACUUUUUUUAGCUUCAUGCUCAUAAAUGUAUGUUUACAAAAUACCUGCAAACGCGAAACUCUUAUCUUAUAAACAUUGUUUACAGUUCUUUAGUUUACCUUUUCCUCUGAUUGGUCCUCAUGUUGUGUCAAUCAGCAGCUAGUACGUGUAAAUUUUAAUCCACUGUUUAUUUUAUUCUAUUUGAUCUUAUUUAAUCUUUUAAUUGACUUUUUUUAAAUCCUAUUUGUGUCCCUUUCAUCGUCUCAUUUCUUUUCCAUCUUGUCUCAGUCCUUUUUAUGUUGAAAGAAGCUGCAGGAAUAAACUUGCCUCGCCUGGUGUGUGUUUGAACACAGCGAGCUGUUGGCAGAAAUCUG